CAUGUUAACCAGUAAAGAUAUUUGGCAGAAUUCUAGACAGAAUUUUAACUAUUCUAUUCCACGGACGAUGUACUUGGGUAAUCCAUUUUUUCCGCUUUAUUAUAAUUCAUCGCUUGUUAGUCAUGAUCAACCGGAAAAUUUUACGCCAGAGGCCAAUAUUCAGCAGUAUUGUGCUAUGAACGCCUUAUCCCCAUCGGAUAUUUAUUCGGCUGGUUUCCAUUUCCAUAUGACAACUUAUCAAGGAAAUCUAAAUUCGACUUCUCAUUAUUUUACGCAUCAAUUUUCUUCCUCUACGCCGGAAACUAGAGAGGAAGAACAAUCUGUGGAAGAGGAUGAUGAAAUUGAUGUUGUUACAAUAACUGAUGACUUCCAGCCCUUAGAUAUAUCACAAGCUCAUGAUGAUAACCAGACUUCACCAGGUCAGGAUGAGGUACAAGUUAGAGGAAGGCGAUUUCCUGAUCAAGUAUAUAAAAUUUUGUAUAGGUGGUACGAUUCACACAUAGACUAUCCAUACGCUAGUAAAAGUGUAAUUAGAGAUUUAAGCCGUCAAACAAAAUUGUCCAGUAAACAGAUUAAAAGAUGGUUACAAAGGAAACGGAGAACUACAAGGAAUAUUGGCAAGUACUGUAGAACAAAGGAUAACAGCCAAUCACAAGUGUCAUCAAAUGAAGCUGAGGACAUUGGUGAAAGUGCAGUUUCACAAGAAUCAUACACUUAUUCUACUUUUACUAAAUCGUCAGAGUUGGUCGCUCAAUCCAACCAAAUAAAUGCCCAAAAUAGCAAAAUAAAUAAAAGAAAGGUUGAUAGAUAUGAUAGCGAUGAAACUUAUGACAAAAACGAUAAGCACCAAUAA